UGGCUGUUUGACCACCUUAAAAAGCCAAAACCCAAAAGCUAACCAAAAAGCCAUUAAAAAGCCAAUUACCAAACAUGGCCUAUAUUUAUGAUCAAGUUAUAGCAGAAGUUGCACGGAGAGUGUUACAUAAAAUAGGAGUUGGUAAAAUAGGGCCGUACACAAGGGAUCAAAGGGUGCUACUCGUUGGUGAAGGCAACUUCUCUUUCUCGGCUAGUUUGGCUGUUGAUUUUGGUUUAUCGGCUUCUAACAUUAUUGCAACUUCGCUCAACCAUGAAGAAGUAAGUAAUGUUGCAGACUUUUUAAUCAAAAACUACCGUGAGUUCCCCAACAAUAAGGCGGAGUUGGAGACUAGAGGUAGUGUGGUCCUUCAUGGUGUCAACGCCACAAAAAUGGUGAAGCAUCCCUUCGUCGGUAGCAUGAUGUUUGAUCGUGUGAUUUUCAAUUUUCCUCAUGCUGGGAAAUUUGGUAAAGGUGAUCAUGAAUUACGUAUGCAUCAAAAGCUGAUAAGUGGAUUUUUACGAAACGCAAAGAAGAUGAUCGCAGAAGAUGGUGAAAUACACAUCACUUCGAAAUCUAGUAGAUUUUAUCGUCGAUGGGAUAUACCAAAACUAGGAAGCGAUCAAGGGUUAUAUCUAAUUCAAGCAGCCAAGUUUAAACGUCUCGAGUAUCCUGGUUAUCAGACCAAGUAUGGUUUUGGAGGAGAUGGGAACUUCUGUUGCAGUCCUAGUAAAACCUACAAAUUUGGAUUGUCCUCUAAAUAAAAGGUGGAUCCAAGAUGAAGUUGCUCGUUGAUGUUGUUAUUAUUGUUGUUGCUUGCCUAUCUUGUUGCAAGUCUAACAUUGAUCUUAAAUUAAGCUUAGCUUGUGUUGAAUCUCAAAUGUAUAUUAUGGUAUUUGGAUUAAAAACUUUUAUAGUUUAUAUCUGGUAAUGUAGUUCAAUUGUACACUUCUUGUACAUCAACGAUAAUUGAAUAAAGAAUAAAGGGAAGUCUAUGAUCUAGUUUCUAAGUGUUAUAUAUGGAGUAGUAAAAAAAAAAAAUAAAAAAAAAAAAAAAAGAAAAAGAAAAGGUAAUCUAUAUAUGUUAGUAUGUUACGUAUGGUGUACAAAAAUUACAUAACUGGUCUUAUAAUCCAAUCUAAACCUCUAUGACACGCCUGGAUGACAAACUCUAAUCUGACAUAAUUAAGAAGGAUUAUGCUCCAAAAAUAAUUCUAAAGUCCGAUCCUAAUUAAUAAAGGUUAGUUAUACGAAUGGAUGAUAUAUCAAAUA